AGCUGGCACGUCACUGCCAUGUUUGUAUGAUUUCGUCUAAUGUAUCCCGUGCGGUUUUUGUAUCCUGCGGACCAAACGUUACGACCUUGGCUUCAUGUUCGGCUCAAAGGAGGAGUAACCCCCCCCCCAACACCCUCACCUCCCUUUGGACACUGCAGGGAAAACACCGCUUGUUCACCGAGGCUGGACUCGUUUUCUGUUUAAUGUGGACUUAUACUGUCGUCUUUAUUAAAGCAGCAGCAGCGGCGGCAGCGAGGGACUCUGCCUGGUGGAAAGGCAUGGAUGAGAGGUUAUGUGUGCCCCCCAGCUAAAGGCCUUUGUUGCCCUGACCUGUGCAUCCCACCAGUCCCUCUGUGAGUAUGUAUCGCAGGAACGGGCUCUCGGAUGGCACCAGCAUCAAUUCAGUCACCUCAGAGGCCAGCAGCAGCUCUGAUUCUCUGGAUGGACCUUGCGUGGACUACGCCAAGAGCUAUGACGCCGUCGUCUUCGAUGUGCUGAAGGUGACGCCUGAGGAGUUUGCUAGCCAAAUCACCCUGAUGGAUGCACCGGUCUUCAAAGCGAUACAGCCAGAGGAGCUGGCAAGCUGUGGAUGGAACGGGAAGGAGAAACACAGUUUGGCUCCCAAUGUGGUUGCAUUCACGCGCAGGUUCAACCAGGUGAGCUUUUGGCUGGUAAGGGAAAUCUUAACUGCCCAGACACUGAAGAUCCGCGCAGAGAUACUGAGCCAUUUUGUUAAAAUAGCAAAGAAACUGCUGGAGCUGAACAACCUUCACUCUCUGGUGUCGGUGGUAUCUGCUCUGCAGAGUGCUCCCAUCUUCAGACUCAGCAAAACCUGGGCGCUGAUCAGUCGGAAAGACAAGGCCACUUUCGAGAAGCUGAACUAUCUGACAUCCAAGGAAGAGAACUACACUCGCAUGAGAGAAUACAUCCGCUCCCUGAAGAUGGUGCCCUGCAUUCCUUACCUCGGGAUCUACCUGUUGGACAUGAUCUACAUCGACUCGGCCUAUCCGGCUUCAGACAGUAUCAUAGAGACAGAGCAGCGAACCAAUCAGAUGAACAACCUUCUGAGGGUCAUCUCUGACCUGCAGAUGUCAUGUAACUAUGAUCAUCUUGUGACCUUACCACACGUCCAGAAGUAUCUGUUGUCAGUUCGUUACAUAGAGGAGCUUCAGAAGUUUGUAGAGGACGACAACUUCAAGCUGUCCCUGAAGAUUGAACCUGGCAACAGUUCCCCUCGCAUUGCUUCUUCUAAAGAAGACCUGGCAGGUCUGUCUGAGGUAUCUGCCUGUCUGAGGUAUAACCGACGCCCUACCUGCCCUGAUGCCUCAGUGGGGGUUCAUAUCCCCACCCCUCCUCCCUCCCACCACAGGAAGAGCCAUAGUCUGGGAAACAAUAUGAUGUGUCAGUACGGCAUGUCAGAGAGCAGGAGUGCCACGUUUCCCAUAGAGAAAGCCCGACACCUGCUAGAUGACAGCUUCUUAGAGUCUCAGAGUCCUGUCAGAAACGAUCCACACAGCACAUCCGUGUCCAAUGGCCUGUCAUUAGGCAGCAGUGAAAGCUCUUUUGGGGAGGAGCUGUCACCUGGAAUGGAGAGGGGCCGCAUGUACGCAACACUGGGCCCCAACUGGAGGGUCCCGCUUCGCAACUCCCCCCGGAGCCGCAGCUAUGUUUACAGCUCCUCCGCUGCCAACUCCUGCUACGGAUGCAGUGAGGCCGGCAGCGUGACCAUUGAAGGACCCCUGCGAAGGAAAACACUGCUCAAGGAGGGACGAAAACCCAAGUUGUCGUCGUGGACCAGAUUUUGGAUUACUCUGUCAGGGUCGAUGCUGACAUUCUACGGGGCGAAAGCACUGAGGGCGUCUGAGAGGAAACACUAUAAGUCCAACCCCUGUAAGAAGGUGUGUGUGACUGGAUGGAUGGUGGUGCUGCCAGACGACCCAGCAAGACCCAACAUCUUCCAGCUCAAUGACCCAGACAAAGGUAAUGUUUACAAGUUCCAGACUGGAUCCAGGUUUUCAGCCAUCAUCUGGCACAAAAACCUGGAAGAGGCCUGUAGGAGCAGUAGACCUCAGGUAUGUCGGUUAAGGUAUCAGUAUAUCAAAGCUGAAUUUAUAGCUUGUUCUAAUAUUUGUGCUGUUCUAUAUAUCUGGUCUUGUUCCUUCAACAGAUACCAGCAAACCUCAUGUCAUUUGAAUGAGAGCAGACUUUACCCCGGGGUGGGGGGGGCAUUAUUGUGCCAAAGCCAUUUGUUUGGGAAGCAUGGACAACAGUUGAUUGGUAUCUAAGACAAAGGGAGAGUCAAGAAGCAUCUUUGAUACUGGAUAACAACCAACACACCUGCUGUCUUCUUCACCAUGACUUAAAUGUAAUUCAGAUUCUGGGGAAAAAAAGAAAACCCAGUCAGUGGAAGACUCUGGUGAGGCUGCCCCCUCUUUUUUUUUUUUUCUCUAAGCUUCUUGUUCCCUUGUUCACAGUCAUUUGUUACACUGCUAUAAAUAUGUGAGCGAGCACAUAGGUUAUUUUUUUGGCCCAUGUUGGGUUUCUACUUGGGUGAAAAGAUGCAUCAGUGCACAAACGUGGACGACAGUGUUAGCUGAAAGACGUUUAUCUUUGGUUCGCAGACCAGUGUUAUACGGCCUUCAGAUGGAGUUCAGGUUUUUCCGUAAGGAAGGUUGAAAAAGACACCUCUCUUGUUCAAGUUGUUAAAUCCAUGAAACAUCUAUCGUAAGGGAGCUAAGGAAAACAUGGAUGCCUCCUCGUUUUGAGGAAGAAGAGAAAGAAACAACUUCACAUCCCAACAACUGGUGAUCUUCAGAACUAUCUGAAAAGUUGUGCAGUGGUGAGCAUGAAAAACAUGACCCCGUUUGAAGGCCUCAUUAUACUAUGAAGGAUCAGCACUACAACAAAAAAGGACAAAGGAUGAGUCUUCAUCACCUCCAGCCCCGUGACGUACAACUGGACUGAAUUUGUUCCAAAAUAAGAUCAUUUGUAUUCAUACUAAAGCGGAUAUUGAGCCACGAGUUUGGCUUCAAGAGCCGGCGUUGAAAUGGUAAAACGAGGAAGCAGCCCUGGAUCAGUUCACCUGUUCACCCCUCGCUACCUCAGUUGGUAGUCCUCCAGUAAACGGUGUUUGCAGAUGUAUAUAACAAGGUUUACAAAACAGCCACAAUUAUUUUCUACAGAACAAAUUGAAAAUUUGUCAAACACCAUGGUAACAGUACUGAACGAGGCGAGAACCAUGAUCGAUAAUGCAAAGAACCGCUGUCCACACCAGAAAGCCCGGGACAGCCGGCCAAGUGAAUUUAAAGCAAUUUACAAUGAAGUACCAAGCUUUCAACAAUCGUGUGUGAAUCGUGUGUAAAUACUGUAUUUAUUUGUAAAAGAGUUUAUUUUUGACAAUUGGCAAACAAAGGGAAAUGGUUGGAUGGCUUGUCUUUGGUUUCGCCGCCCGCUGAAGGGCUGAAGGAAGCUGCUCCUUAGAGAGACUGUUGGUGGGAAGCCACCCUAAAACUUAGCUCGACUCUGGAUCUCGUACUGAAGGACACUUGGGUAAGGGAAGAGUCCAUCAGCAUUGGUACUUUUUUAAAGGACAAUUCUGCUUUAGUACACCUUGGACCUUAUUUUCAUAGGUUAAGCUAUCUUCUUAUCAGGAGUAAUACCGUUCCCCAAAGUGAAGUACCGGGAUUGGGAACACAACAAGUGAAAGCAGUUAAAAUAUCUUGGGGGUCUUAUCCACUAGUGAGGGUAAGAUCAACAGGUGGAUUGGCACCACAUCCAGGGUAAUUUGGAUACUUCCAACAACAGAAAGCUUGAAGUCAAAGCUCUCAACUUAGCAGUCAGUCAAUGUUCCUAUGUUCAUGAUGAGUUUCACAUUAGGAUCAAAAGAAUGAGAUUGUGGCUUCUCUAGCAGGGUGCCUGGGCUCACCUUAAGAGAUGGAGAGGAAAAAUCUGGUCUUUGAUAAACCUGCUGCCACCAUGACUCAGGACAGCAUCAUAGAAAUGUCUGACAGAUCAGAAACACAAAAAACAAACCUCCAGGUUAAUUCAAAUUUAGUAGAAAGAGAAAAGAGAGCAAAAGGCAAAACUAGUACCAAGCAAUGUGUUUUCUGGGCUCCAUCAGAUUUUGCUCUAGAGAUGUGAUGUUGCCAUGUUUCCAGAUCAUAUUUGAUCAAAACAACAGUAAAAGCUAUGAAAAUAAAAUCCAAGUUGUAAUAAACUAGAAUUAUCAUUUAAGAAUAACACUGAGAAAAAUGUAAAUGAAGUUUGAAAUGUACUAAUAGAUGUCAUAUUUCUAAUGUUGUAAAUCCUGUUGACUGUCAUUUAUGAUACCAACCAUAAUGGUGGUUAAAAAAAAAAAAAAACACUGAAAAACUAAAUCAUCAUUUGAGUAAUCAUGUUGUUAAAAAAUCUAACAUGCUUAAUAUUCUUUUAUUUGGUUUUCCAGAACUCAUUUGUGUAUUGUCCUUUACAAAUCAAUGAGCAGACUCCUGAAACUUGACUGGGUCUCACAGUCCAUCGCUGUGAACAUUAGCGUGAUGGGCUGAUACUACUCGUUGGCCAUCAUCAUCAGUAUGUUAGCAUGUUGGCAUUAGCAUUAGGCUCAGAGCACCACAGAGCUACCAGCAUGACUGUAGACGCAAAUUGGAAACCAGUGGCUGCCUGGGGAUGAUGAUUAUUAUAAACACUCAUACUGUCCAUUAAUAAAAGGAUCAGAUAUACAACCUGCUUAUGUCCAGUAUAGACAUUUCCCUGAUCGGCCUCAGCAUUAAAAACCAGUUACUGUUGUUUAGUGUUGUGGCUGAUUACGAGUUUAUCAGGGAGUUUUUUUUUUCCUUGAGAUCUGGCAACUGAAACAUGAUCAGACCCCCCCCCAAAAAAAGUGUGUGUUUAGGAUCAGUGUACUAAAACUGGUGCAGUGUGUUUAAAAAGUCGUUUACACUGUUCAACCAGUAUGGAUAUGAUAUUCACCCAGUCAUUGCUCAUCCUGCAGUGGAACCAAAACAAUAAAAAAGCACUGUCACUGCCCAGAAUCCUCUCUGACGGCCCUGUGGGUCCAGGAUGUGUUCGCCUAGCUACAGCGUGAAGGCUGGAGGCAAAGGGAGAGUGCUCGCCUUGCUCUGUCAGCAACUUCAGAGCUGCUUCAUUUACAUAUGAGCUUCAAGAUAAAUCACUAAUUCAUCCAAGUGUAAACAUAAGAUUCUUGGAAAAUGAAAAAAAAAAAGGAAGUUAUCAGGAAACAUAUCCUUUUGGUAUUGAUACCAAAACGUGGGUAUCAGUGGUAUCCAAGGUCUGGUAACAUCAGUUUGCCUCUGCUUCCUGUCGCUGUACAGAGAAGGUGACCUGGACCUGUAGCAUUUCUAUACUGGGCAAACAUGAAACUGAUGUUGAUCUUCUCAUUUGGGAUUAUCAUAAAACACAGUGAUAAACCUGCUUUUUUUUGUUUUUUGUUUUUUGUUUUUUAAAUCAACCUUUGCUGUGCAUUUACCAGGAGUAAGGUUGCACAAUUUGUGAUAUAGCAAGAUAAAGUGAUAUGUUAUUAUGCCAAAAAAAAAAACAAAAACAAAACUUGUUGGUCACAAUGGCCAGAACUCCAACGUACCAACGUA